AUGUCUCUGCAACCAAGCUCUCUACGGUUCAAGCACUUCCAGGUCUCGUUUCCGGAAGACCACAUCAUUCAGAUUACCCUGGAUAGACCAGACAAACUCAACUGCAUCGACAAGACAACUAGUCAAGAGAUAACAGAUAUCUGGCAGCAGUUUGACGAAGACGAGAACCUAUGGGUCGGUAUUAUUACGGGAAAUGGUCGAGCAUUCUGUACUGGAGCCGAUCUACAGGAAUGGAAUGAGAUGAACAGGAACGGCGUGAUCAACGAUAUGGCAGCACCCGGCCUCGCCGGGCUUCCACGUCGAAGUGGAAAAAAACCCAUCAUCGCGGCAGUCAACGGCAUAUGCAUGGGCGGCGGCUUCGAGAUGAUUGCAAACUGCGACAUGGUAAUAGCGUCGUCCUCGGCUGUUUUUGCCCUUUCCGAGAUCAAACGAGGGAUAGUUCCGGUCGCUGGAUGCCUGCCGCGGCUUACACGGACCAUCGGUCUGCAGCGCACUCUGGAUCUCGUAUUGACCGGAAGAAAUGUGACUGCCAAGACGCUACAUGAAUGGGGACUUGUGUCUCAGCUUGUGGAUUCAGCCGAGGACGUGGCCCAGGUCGCAGUCCGAGUUGCUCAAGACAUGUGCAAGAACAGUCCGGAUGCCCUGAUCGUUGGGCGUCUAGGCGUUCGGCUGAGCUGGGAAGUGGGUAGCGUCGAGGAGGCCGUAUCGAUGCUGGCCAACGAGUGGUAUCCUCGUCUGGUCAGCGGCCCCAAUUUCGCCGAAGGCAUCCGGGCGUUUGUAGAGAAGCGACAACCGAAGUGGGUAGCCCCAAAGCUGUAG